CCAUCCAGCAACCAAGUAAUGCCCAACACAAGUUCAUUCAACUCUUCCAUAUUGUACCUACCUAGGUAGACAUGUCUCAGAAGCCGGCCAUUGUUAUCGCUCAAGGCUCAUGGAUGAAUGCCAGCGCGUACGAUGUAAUUCUGGAGAAACUUCAUGCAGCAGGCUAUCCUGCUAAGCAUGUCAAGCUGCCCUCCAUAGGAAGCACUGCGACACCUCUUCCCGGAUUACCAGAAGACGUCGCCGCCAUACAGUCCGUCCUCGCUAAGUUCAGAGACGCUGGUAGAAAAGUCAUCAUCUUGUGUCACUCUUCGGGUGGGGUUUCUGGUAGUAAUGCGACAGUGGGUUUCGAUAACGUCAGUGGCGUUAUUUUUCUCUCGGCGUUCAUGAUUUCGAAGGGCAAGUCAUUGGCCCAGCGGCCAGGCGGUCCUCCUCUGCCUUGGAUGGAUAUGCAAGGUGAACAGAUCUUCUUACACGAGGAUAAACUGCCAGACGCUCUAUACAACGACCUAGACGAAGAGAGCGGGCUGAAAUGGGCUAAAGAAGUCUCGUCCACAUCCGCAGCUUUAUUUGGUGGGGUUUCAAACUAUGAGCCUUGGGCCGAAGGCGUUCCUUGUGCGUAUAUCUUCUGCGACGACGACAAGGCGUUGCCUAUGCAGGUCCAACGGGAGAUGGCAACACAAUUUUUAGGACCUGAUCCCAUCACCGUAAAUUUGAAGGCUGGGCAUAGUCCUUUUCUUAGUAUGCCAGAUGAACUGGUAGCCGCCAUCGCGAAGGUCGAGAGUAAAAUGAGUCAGAAAUCUGCCAAAUAAGGAGCUAUAGA